UAGAAUGGAAUGGCCUGCAGAGAAGACCUGUUUUUGAGGAAGUGAUAUUGAAUUAGUAGAGAACCGAGACAGUUCCCGACAUGGCAGACGAGACCCUGUUUGAGCUCUUGCACAUGGAGAUGGUUUCUCAUGUAUUCGAUCAUGUGGAGGAGGAUGAAGAGGAUCAUGGGAAACACACACGUGUCUUAGAAGGUAUGGGUUUCCGUGUGGGCCAAGGACUUAUCGAAAGGUUGACCAAGGAUAGCCCAUCAUUCAAAGAUGAUCUAGAGGUUAUGAAGUUUGUUUGCAAGGAUUUGUGGACAAUUCUCUUUAACAAACAAAUUGAUAAUCUAAGAACAAACCAUCAGGGUACGUAUGUUCUACAAGACAACAGGUUUAUGCUACUGACACAACUUUCCUCAAGUAAGCAAUAUUUGGAGGAAGCGCCAAAGUUCUUACCCUACACCUGUGGUCUUGUUAAAGGAGCACUCUCAAAUUUAGGCAUUAAUUGUACAGUUUCAGCAGAGGUUGCUGUAAUGCCAGCAUGUAAAUUCCAAGUUGUUAUUUCACGGACAUAGUUGUACUGAAGAUGAAGACUUUUUGCUUUUUCUGCGAGUGAGUUUAAAAUUUAAAAGACUGGGAUGGAAAGCAAUAAUAUGGGCUAUGCAAUAUUUUAGAUUUAAGGACAGUUGUUUUUAAAGGAGAACUAAAGCUCAAAUAAAGAAGUAGUAGUAGUGUUGUACAUUAUGGUUUUUGGCUUCUGUACCAGCCCAAGGCAACCACGGCCCUUUUGCUGUAAAGAUCUGUGUCUCCAAAGAUGGCCCAGGAGCUCCCCAUCUUCUUUUCUGCUGAUAUACUGCACAUGCUCUGUGGUGUUGUUCUGUUGUUACUCAGUUUAGGGACCAACUCACAAUUUACAGUACACAUAGAAUAUAAAUGUCACAAUAUAAGGCUGAUUAGUAAUUAAUACAGAUAAUUGCUACAUGGCAGCACAGAAACCAGUGCAACUAGCAUGUGAAUUGAAUAACCAACCUUGUAGCAUCAGCUUAUAUUACAGACCCACCUCAUUUUCAGAGCCCACUGAGCAUGUUAGUUUCACAUACACUUUCCAAGAUGGUGACCCCCUGUGACAAGUUUGAAGUCCUGGAUCAUUGCUGCUGUUGAGAAGCAGAAAUUUUAGGCUGAUGCAAUAAGGUCUAUAUAUAAAAUAUGGCAUUUUUAGCCAUUCAAUUGUAGUUUAGUUCUCCUUUAAAGGGGACUUAAUGCAUCCUUGGUUUCUAAGUUUUUUGCGACCCCCCCAGCCCACUCCCAAAUGUAAUUUACCCCCAUCUCCCCAAAUCUAAUUGUCCAGUUUGCUACCUGAAUGCAGUGUAAGGAAGUUGACAGCUGCCAUGUGGUUUCUGCCUGGACUCCACCAAAAAGCAGGCUGGUGCAUGUGCACUAAAGUCUGUUAUCUUGGUCCAGAGUCAGCAAUCUGCACAGUCCAGACAGGAAAUAUUGACGUUACCAAACCUAGUUGCCAACAACCCUGCUGUGAAUUUGUAUAACCAGUGAACAGUUUGUGGAGGUGGGGUUCCUGGAACUGGAGGAGUCUUAAAAUGAUGGGGAAUCCCCCCUUUAAAAUGUGUUAAUUUUAUUAACUAUUACCCCAUUUGGGGAUAAACCUCAGGAAUUUUCACCUUGCAACGAGAAACAAGUGUGAAAAUAGCAAAAUCAGUUUAUUUAAAAAUACUAGGGUACAUUAACAUUGCUUGAGGGUAGGGAUGCACCAAAUCCAGGAUUCGGUUUGGGAUUCGAACCGAAUCUUAAUUUGCAUAUGCAAAUUAGGGGCAUGGAGGGAAAUUGCGUGACUUUUUGUCAGAAAACAAGGAAGUAAAUGUUUUCUCCUUCCCAACCCUAAUUUGCAUAUGCAAAUUAAGAUUCGGUUUGGUAUUCGGCCGAAUUUUUCGUGAAGGAUUCAGGGGUUCGGCCGAAUCCAAAAUAGUGGAUUCGGUGCAUCCCUACUUGAGGGGAAAAAAAAGCUUCUAUACUUGGUAAUAUAGAAUGAGUACAAAUGUAUUAUGCAAGUGACCCUGUCAUAAAGCUAAUACCUGAUUUACCUUUAUAGUUACCUACAUGCUUCUGCCUUCAGAACUAAUGAAAAAUCUGUAAAAGAAAACCACUGUUCUUGUGUAUUGUUAUUUAAUGUGAAAAAGUUGGCAUAAAAGAUUGGCAGUAAAGAUUGACUUUUCUAUA